AUGGUGAGCAAUGAGGAGAAUGAGUUAUUACCGACGAUGACCAUCAUGGGUUGGAGGAUUUGUAUGGACUACCAAAAGCUCGACAAAGUGAUGAAGAAUGACUGUUUCCCCCCACUCAUUGAUCAAAUUCUAGAUCGAUUAGCAGAUAUAGUGGAGGACUUCUUGGAAAUCUUCAUGGAUGAUUUUUUCGUUUUGGGUGACGAUUUUGAUAAAUGCCUUGGAAACUUAGCUAAGGAAAGACUUGUCAUAGCACCAAUAGUUGUCCCUCCUAACUUAAAAGGUCCCUUUGAACUGAUGUGCAAUGAAAGUGACUACAUUGUGGGAGCAGUGCUCGGGCAAAGACGAGAGGUUGAGGAUAGGAAAGGAAGUGAAAUUCAUGUUGAUGAUCAUUUAUAUAUGCUAGAUAAUAUAAUUGACUGCCAUGACAAGGAUGAGGAGAUUCUUUCACCAGGGCAACAAAAUCCCACCCAUACUGAUGAUCCUGAGAAGAUCGAUGAAGAAUUUGUGUUCGACUCUGCUGCUGACACUGAGGAGAUCCUGCUCUCGCCUAUAUAA